AGUAUUCUGAUUGUUAGCUCUACUUUAACUUGUGUUCCUGUUGUUGUUGCUGGAUUUAUCUUUUUGCUACUUUGAUUUGUGGUUUAUGCUCAUUUGACUUGAUGAUUUGAUGAUCGUCGUUGGGAGAUUUCUGUUUAGAUUGGAUUUUAGUUUGUAUCGGCCGGAUUCUCGUCUUGCUUGAUACGAUUCUGUUGUUGCGUUCUUUCGUGAAGUCGUGGAUGAUCUACGGUUUUUCUUUCUGGAUUCGUUGUUUUGUUGUUGGAGUAUUUGGUUUGAUGAUCGAGGAGAUUCAUCGUUCUGGAUUCUUGUCCUGUUGUUCUCUACAUGUUUAGAUUGGGUCUUAGUUUGUAUCGGCCGGAUUCUCGUCGUGCUUGUUUAGAUUCUGUUGUUCGGUUCGUUUAUUUAAGUCAUGGAUGAUCUAGGGUUGUUCUUUCUGUGUUCGUUGUUUUGUUGUUUGAGCGUUAGGGUUUAUGAGUAUUUGGUCAGAUGAUCGUCAGGAGAUUCAUCGUUCUGGAUUCUUGUCCUGUAGUUCUCUUCAUGUUUAGAUUGGGUUUUAGUUUGUAUCGGCCGGAUUCUCGUCUUGCUUGAUUGUGGGUGUUCGAGUUUUGAUCCAAACAAGGUUGAUGGUUGAAAUAGACGUCCAAAUCCCAUCCGCAUACGAUCCAUUCGCAGACGCCAAGGACUCUGAUGCCCCAGGAGGCAAAGAGUAUGUUCAUAUCCGCGUGCAGCAGAGGAAUGGCAAGAAGUGCUUGACAACAGUCCAGGGUCUGAAGAAGGAUUUCAGCUACGAGAAGAUCCUCAAAGACGUGAAGAAGGAGUUCUGUUGUAAUGGUAACGUCGUCCAAGACAAAGAAUUGGGGAAGAUAAUUCAGCUUCAAGGCGAUCAGCGCAAGAACGUGUCUCAGUUCCUGGUUCAGGCUGGGAUUGUGAAGAAGGAUCAGAUCAAAAUCCAUGGAUUUUAAGCAACUUGUUUUAUAGUUCAUCGAAUUGAAUCUGUUUCUGUGUUUUCUUUUGAAUGGAUCUUGUGAUGGCUGUCUGUGAUGACGACUUGUUAGCAAUAAAAUGUUUGAUUCUGGGUAA